GGAUGGAAGGGGCCGGAGUAGCGCCGGGGAAGGGAAGGGCCGGAGGAACGGCAGCAGGCGGCCGAGAGGGGCGGCGGCGGCGGGACUCCCGCGCCGCUCAGCCCGGCCCGAGAGCGUUUUCCACCUGCCUGCCUCCUGCUCCCACCGCCCCGGGGCGCCGCCAUGACGCCCGAUCUGCUUAACUUCAAGAAGGGAUGGAUGUCGAUCUUGGACGAGCCUGGAGAGUGGAAGAAGCAUUGGUUUGUGCUGACUGAUUCAAGCCUCAAGUACUACAGGGACUCCACCGCUGAGGAGGCCGAUGAGCUGGACGGCGAGAUUGACCUGCGCUCCUGCACCGAUGUCACCGAGUAUGCAGUACAGCGCAACUAUGGCUUCCAGAUCCAUACCAAGGAUGCUGUCUAUACCUUGUCGGCCAUGACCUCGGGUAUCCGGAGGAACUGGAUCGAAGCUCUGAGGAAGACCGUGCGCCCCACCUCAGCCCCAGAUGUCACCAAGCUCUCAGACUGCAAUAAGGAGAACACGCUGCACAGCUACAGCACCCAGAAGGGCUCCCUGAAGGCAGGGGAGCAGCGCGUGGGCUCCGAGGUCAUCGGCCGGGGCGGCCCGCGGAAGGCAGAUGGACAGCGGCCGUCCCUGGACUACGUGGAGCUCUCCCCGCUGACUCAGGGCUCCCCGCAGCGGGCCCGCACUCCGGCUCGCACCCUCGACCGCCCAGCCAAGCAGGAGGAGCUGGAGCGGGACCUGGCCCAGCGCUCUGAGGAGCGACGCAAGUGGUUCGAGGCCGUGGACAGCAGGGCCGCAGAGACACCAGCUGGUGAGGGGCCACGCCGGGGCCUGGGCGCCCCACUGACCGAGGACCAGCAGAGUCGGCUCAGUGAGGAGAUUGAGAAGAAGUGGCAGGAGCUGGAGAAGCUGCCCCUGCGGGAAAACAAGCGGGUGCCUCUCACCGCCCUGCUCAACCAGAGCCGCGGAGAGCGCCGGGGCCCCCCGAGUGACAGCCACGAGGCGCUGGAGAAGGAGGUCCAGUCUCUUCGUGCCCAGCUGGACGCAUGGCGUCUCCAAGGGGAGGCUCCUCAGAGUGCACCCAGGUCCCAGGAGGAUGGUCACAUCCCCCCAGGCUACAUCUCACAGGAGGCGUGGGAGCGCAGCUUGGCAGAGAUGGAGUCCUCGCACCAGCAGGUGAUGGAGGAGCUGCAGCGGCACCACGAGCGGGAACUGCAGAGGCUGCAGCAGGAGAAGGAGUGGCUUCUGGCUGAGGAGACGGCCGCCACGGCCUCAGCCAUCGAAGCCAUGAAGAAGGCCUACCAGGAGGAGCUGAGCCGGGAGCUGAGCAAGACACGGAGUCUCCAGCAGGGCCCAGAUGGCCUCCGGAAGCAGCACCAGUCAGACGUGGAGGCGCUGAAGCGGGAGCUACAGGUGCUGUCAGAGCAGUACUCACAGAAGUGCCUGGAGAUCGGCGCCCUGACGCGGCAGGCUGAGGAGCGCGAACACACGCUGCGGUGCUGCCAGCAGGAGGGCCAGGAGCUGCUGCGCCACAACCAGGAGCUGCAUGCCCGCCUGUCCGAGGAGAUUGACCGGCUGCGCGGCUUCAUCGCCUCGCAGGGCACGGGCAAUGGCUGUGGGCGCAGCGAGCGGAGCUCCUGUGAGCUGGAGGUGCUGCUGCGCGUGAAGGAGAACGAACUUCAGUACCUGAAGAAGGAGGUGCAGUGCCUCCGGGAUGAGCUCCAGAUGCUGCAGAAGGACAAGCGCUUCACCUCAGGAAAGUACCAGGACGUUUACGUGGAGCUGAACCACAUCAAGACGCGGUCAGAGCGGGAGAUUGAGCAGCUGAAGGAGCACCUGCGUCUUGCCAUGGCAGCCCUGCAGGAGAAGGAGGCGGUGCGCAACAGCGUGGCCGAGUAGAGGUCCCUGUGGUCCAGCCCAGCUGCAGACCUCCCAGUCCAAGGGGACCAGUUGCCCUCCUUCCCUGCUGGAUGGAAGUCAGAAGCCAAGCUUUCUCCCCACCCUCUGUGGGCUACAUGUGCACUCGCAACUACCACACACAUGCACAUACAGGCACACACCACACACACAGGCACGCACCGCACACACAGGCACACACAGGCACGCACCACACAGGCACCACAUGGGCGUACACUGCACAGGCACACACCACAUGCACAGGCAUGCAUACCACACACAGGUGCACGCCACACAGACCCCGCACGGGCACGCACACAGACACCGCAGAACACACACCACAUGCACAGGCACACGCAGACACUUCACAGGCACACACCAGCACACACACCACACACAUGCACAGAUGCGUGCACACACACACUCUGCGUAUCUGAGCGCGCCCCUCGCACUGGGUCUUACCUUGCACCUUCUUCAGGAUUUUAUAUGUGAAGAGAUUUUUAUAUGUAGACUUUUUUCUUUUUUUUUUCCAGAAACACUUUGUACUUUUUAAAAAACAAUUCCAGGUGGCCAUGUGCCUCCAACACUGGCUCCCCUCGGUCUCCAGCCUCCUGCUGGGGUUCUGGGCCUGUGGCCCUGCCCUGGGGCCUGGCAGUGGCCACAGCCAGGUUUGACUCCGGUGGGAGAGGCAAGGAGCCAGCCACCCUCCUCCUACCCUACCUCCCACUAAUUACUUCCUGCCCCGGGGAUCCGCACCCUGGGACUCGGGACAGAUGGGCAUAGGGAGCCGGCCUCUGUCUCCAUGACCCCACCUCUCCUUCCAGCAGGGUGCUGGGCGUGGAACUGCUGGAGCUGCCCCGUGAAGGCGGUUCUUUUCUGCUCCAUCAGCCUUCUUAACUUAAUAAAACGUUCCCGCA